CCGCGCCGCCGCCUCGUCGCUUGACUAUAAAUGGCCACCUCAACCGCCUCGCUGUCAAGUUUAGGUCAUUGUCUCCGGAAGUCAGAAAGGGGGGGAAAAGGAACUCGAAGUCGCCGCCGGAUUUGGGAUUUGGAGAGCGCGCGAGGUAAACCAAAGUUCUUUUUCCGAUGGCUCGUACUAAGCAAACUGCUCGCAAGUCAACUGGAGGAAAGGCUCCCAGGAAGCAACUUGCCACCAAGGCUGCUCGUAAGUCUGCUCCCACAACUGGAGGAGUGAAGAAGCCUCACCGUUACCGCCCUGGAACUGUUGCUCUUCGUGAAAUCCGCAAGUACCAGAAGAGCACUGAGCUGCUCAUAAGGAAGCUUCCAUUCCAGAGGCUUGUUAGGGAGAAUUGCCAAGAAUUUAAAGGUGAGAUUUAUACAUUCUGUUGUGCUAAUGUGCUUGUGUUGUCGCACACGUGCAGUAAGCUAAUAGCAUUUUGUCACACUGUUCUAUUUGUGCAGACUGAUCUUCGUUUCCAGAGCCAUGCGGUGCUUGCCCUUCAGGAAGCUGCCGAGGCGUACCUGGUGGGUCUCUUCGAGGACACCAACCUGUGCGCCAUCCAUGCCAAGCGUGUGACCAUCAUGCCCAAGGACAUUCAGCUGGCUAGGAGGAUCCGUGGUGAGAGGGCUUAGGCUUUCUCAUCUCUGGGAGGGGCUCUGGUGUUUCAUCUGUGACUACUUCCUGCUUUUGCUGCUGAACUCUUAUUUGGUGUCGUGAAUGGUGCUAAUACUACUCACAUGUAGUAGUAGAUUGUUAGUGAAGUACUCUGUUUCUGUGUUCUAGAACUGGAUAUUUUGCUAGUAAGUUGUCUCGACUGUUGAUUUCAUCCAUCCAUCUGAUGGAUGUGUAUCUAGUAGUUUCUCAUCUGAAGUCCUGAAAUCUGAACCUUGAAUUUACCUGUGGAAUGGAACUUAGAAAAACUGUGUUAAAUGUUCAAAGAUCUUGGCAUGAA